AGUUACUUUUCGUGGUUCAGGAGGACUUGUGUAGACCAGCCAGUGUGUGUGGCUGUGUUAGUGCUCUCGCCAUAUUGAUCUGUAAGGCUGGCUAAGAGUCUUCCACCAACGGGAAUGCACUGCCAAAAUGAGCGAUGAAGAAAGGGACAUCGAUAUCGAGAGUGAUGAUGACGAGUCGCUUGGCGGUGGUGCUCGUGGAGAAUUCCAGUUUGCGUCGCAGGCGGAAAAACGAGCACACCAUAAUGCUCUGGAGAGGAAACGUCGGGACCACAUAAAAGACUCUUUCUGUUCCUUAAGGGAUUCUGUUCCCUCCCUUCAAGGGGAGAAGGGAUUUUGUGAAGUGAGAGUGAUGUCACCACCGGGCUCGUCGUGUGGACUCCCAGUUGAUGCUGUGUCCAAGACUUCAGGCCGUCCCAGCAAUGACAAACGUUGCCCGCCGAAUUCGCAGGCAAGUCGUGCACAAAUUCUGAAGAAAGCGGCCGAUUACAUAGAGUUUAUGAGGCGCAAGAACUCGGCCCAUCAGCAGGAUAUAGACGACCUCAAGAAGCAAAAUAAUCUACUCGAAAACCAAAUUCGCUCCCUGGAGAAAACCAAGUAUACGGGCAACUUUGCAGCCAUGACGAGCAACAACGCACUCCUCAACAGCAAGUCUGGCUCUCUCAUGGAAUUUGACGGAUCGGGCUCAGACACGUCCGAUUCGGAAACGUCGAGCAGCGUACGGCGCAAGAAAUUGAAGACUUAACCUGUGCUGUUUUUUUAAGUGUGUUGCCAAGGAGGAAUAAUGUUUACGGUCUACAGUGCCCGUUGGUAUUGAUAAGCAAUACUUCACAAAAUGGAUACGACAUACAUCUCUUACUUGUACCUCAAACGGAUCGUGGACUGUAGGUUACCAGCGAGGGCCACACCCCAAACAAGGUUUUCCCUUUACUGGUGGGAUGGUCAGUGUCUGCAAUAGUUGUACAAAUUAACUAGGCCAUAGUGACAGGUUUCUCUCUCUCUCUUUCAUGUUGUUUUAUCUUGUUUUCUUCACAAGGUACAGUACUGGCACACACCAUUACAACUCUUGCCCUGGGUAUUUGGACUUCCACUGGUUAAAUCACAUAUAUUUUAGGAAACUUAAAUCAACUUUUAUUUAAAAUUAGUUGGAUAUAAUGAUUACUGUACCUUGGUAAUAAGAGAUGACUAUGCAUUGUAGAAUGUGUUUAUUAGCCAGCUACCAUGUGUACUAAGGUGAGCCAGCAUAGUGAGUUGUGCUAGAGUCCUCUUGACAAGUCCCUCUCGCUUAUCUCAUGAUGAGGAUUCUGCACUCUGGAAACCAGUUUCUCGGUAACACAUCCAAAACAAACAAAAAUAAAAAUUAAUGUAUGCUGUAUAUAUAUACAUAUAAUGUAUACUUAUACCAGGUACAGUGUAUAUAUAUAUUAUAUUGUUCAUAUACUGGUACUGUACAGUGUAUGUAUCAUGCCCAAAGAGUAAUUUUGUGUAUUUAAAGUGAGAAAUGCACUAACACAAGCAAGUUUCUUGGUGGUCUCAUCACACACACACCUUUUAAUCAGAGCCCAACUGUACAGUAAAGUAUGAACCAUACAUAGAGAAAGUCACUCACAUAAAACAGGUUCCUGUUGCUCAAUGAAAUAUAUAAUACAAUUUAUUGCCCUUGUUAUUUUGUUUCUGUGAUGGAAUGAGAACAAUGAAAUACAUUUUAGAGAGGCUAACUAUGUACCUUCAGUACAGUACAGUAUUGUCAUAAUAAUUUGUAGCACCUUCUUGUGGAAGUGUUAUCCCCUUGCCCCUCCUUCAGAUUAUUGCAGUUUAACAGGUUUACAGCACAUGUUGGCAAAGUUCUUCCUGUACAAUGUUGCUGACCAUUUAGAAGAAUGAAAAGUGACAGUUUCAUUCAAUAAUAUGAAAUACAGUACACAUGACUUUCUACAAGAGUGAAUGAGUUAUAUAUGACUGUCAUUUGGAGGUUUUGUUUUAUCUGUUCUCAUUGACUUUCAUAAAUUAUAUAAAAUUAGAUUUUCUUUAACACCUAAGUUAGUACAUGCAGUGACUGUUUAAUGAAUAGCAGUUGUUGUUGUGUUAAGUAGGGAAGGUUAGUACAGGACUAUAGCACUUUGAGAGUGAAUGAAUAUAAUUGUAUUCAUAAAGCAGAGUUUUUUUUAUUAUUAUUUCUUGAAUUCCAGACAUUUCCAGACAGAUUUAUAUAUUUAUGUACAGUAUUAAAUCUCGAAAAAAAUAAAUAUUGAUGUUCUG